UAAUGCUCUCCAGUCUGUUUGCAAUCCCAUCAGAUGAGAGAUUUAGUCUGAUCCGGGACGAGCUGCAUGGAGGUGUCGCAUCAUCUAGAUCGCUUUCAGGCUUCAUCGUGUGCCCCAUGGAAAUUAAUCUAUGCAAAAAAAUAAAUCUCCAAUGGAACUUAUGACUCAUAAAUCGGUUUUGAAUUCCAGAUUCCCUCUAUGCAUGACCAGGGCGAGAUCACGCCACAGGAUCAGCAUGAUGAUGGAGACUGAGCUAUGCUCUUCCCGGGUUCUGUCUCCGCCUCGGUAUGAGAGUGGUGAUGAGGAGCUCUCAGUGCUUCCUCGGCACACGAAGGUCAUCGUCACUGGGAACAACCGAACAAAGUCUGUCUUGGUUGGCCUACAAGGUGUUGUCAAGAAGGCUGUUGGUCUUGGAGGUUGGCACUGGCUGGUUCUAAAGAAUGGUGUAGAGGUGAAGUUGCAGAGGAAUGCUCUGAGUGUCUUGGAACCUCCAACUGGUAAUGAAGAUGAUGAUGAUAUUGACGGCAAUAAUUCAUUCUGUAGCAGUUCCGACAUGGGAGACAAAGACAUGGACUAUUCGAGCAUAGAGUACCAUAAACCAACAAAGCCAAGAGUUCGGCAUACAAGGCCCUGGUCGUCCUGUACAAAAUCCAGCAACCGAGGCAAUUUUCACCCCAGUUCAAAGCUGCAAACGAGAGUAAACCUGACGAAACUCGGAACUCCUACCCUGUGGAGAUACUGGAAACACUUCAACCUUGUAAGCAUGAACCCCAAUCCAUCGAAGGAUCAGCUCUUCCAUGGAGUCCAGCAGCAUUUUCAGUCUCAGCAAUUGGAUGAGUUGCAGGUGAUUCUGGGGUUCAUCCAGGCAGCAAAGAGGCUCAAGACCCUGUACCGCUCCUCCUAGCCUGCUUCACAAAACCCUCCGGUUUCUCCGUGUGUAGAUCUCAAGAAAAUUAGAUGUACUAUGUGGUUAAUUAAUUUAAUCUAGUCUUGAGAGAGCUGAACAGAAAGAAGAAUUUAGAGGUGCAUUUGAUCAGUAAUUCUUUUACUUUUAUUUACCUGUAAUGAGUCUAUGUAACAGUGUCAGCAACUGACCAAUCUCAAUUAUUGGAUGGAGAUAAUAGUAGCAGUACAGUGUGAAGAAGCUAUGAUGAUGAAUUAUUGGUCAACUUGAUGCCCUAA